GGUUCCUAUAGGGGACAGGGCCCGGAGCAGUGUCCACUCUAGCGUCCACCCCUGCGGCCCCAUGGCCACCCUGGACUGUGUCCGAGCGGGCGGCCGGAGCCUGGAUCGCCGCCUGGACGCCGUCCCCGGCCAGGCCCUGCUGGCCGGCCUGCGGGCGGCCGGAGCCGUGUCCGAGCCCGAGGUGGCCGCGCUCGGACCGCCGGACAGCUCGGGCUGGGCGCGGCGACUCCGCGCUCUGGCCGUGGCCAAAGGGGACCGGACGUGCCACGUCCUGCUGACCGUCCUGGAGGGGCUGGAGGGGCCGCCCCGGCCGGGGCCCUUCGAUUUUUACGACCCGCAGCGCGACGCCGCGCCCGGGCACCGCUCGGACUGUCCGUGCUGCCGGCCGGAGCCCGGCCGGACGCGCGAGGAAGAGGAGGGCGCGCCCGGACACCGCGGCCAGGGCCCCGAGGAUGAGGAGGGAGAGCCCAAAAUCGGCGACGAAGGCCCCGGGGAUGAUGAAGGUGGAGCAGGGGAUGAAGGCCCCGAGGAUGAGGAGGGAGAACCCAAAAAUGAGGAAGAAACCCCCGAGGAUGAUGAAGGAGAGCCCAAAAACGGGGAUGAAGGCCCCGAGGAUGAGGAGGAUGGAGCAGGGGAUGAAGGCCCCGAGGAUGAGGAGGAUGGAGCAGGGGAUGAAGGCCCCGAGGAUGAGGAGGAUGGAGCAGGGGAUGAAGGCCCCGAGGAUGAGGAGGAUGGAGGGGAUGAAGGCCCCGAGGAUGAGGAGGAUGGAGGGGAUGAAGGCCCCGAGGAUGAGGAGGAUGGAGCAGGGGACGAAGGCCCCGAGGAUGAGGAGGAUGGAGGAGGGGAUGAAGAUUAGGGGGGGGAGGGACUGAGGAGGAGGAGGAGGGUGGGGAGGAAGAUGAUGGAGAUGAUGAAGAUGAUGAUGAAGAUGAUGAAGAUGAGGAGGAAUUUUGGGUCAAAAAAAGCCCAAAGUGGAGCUUUGAGCCUCCAUGGUGAUGAUGAUGAUGAUGAUGAAGAUGAGGAGGAAUUUUGGGUCAAAAAAGGCUCAAAAUGGAGCUUUGAGCCUCCAUGGUGAUGAUGAUGAUGAUGAAGAUGAAAAUUAUGAUGAUGAUGAAGAUGAGGAGGAAUUUUGGGUCAAAAAAGGCUCAAAGUGGAGCUUUGAGCCUCCAUGAUGACGAUGAUGAAGAUGAGGAAGAUGAGGAGGAAUUUUGGGUCAAAAAAAGCCCAAAAUGGACCCUUGGGCCUCCAUCAAAAUGAAGAUGAAGAUGAGCUCCAUGAUGAUGAUGAUGAAGAAAACGUUGACGAUGAAGAUGAUGACCAAUUUUGGGGUAAAAAAAGCCCAAAACGGACACUUGGGUCUCCAUGAUGAUGAUGAAGAUGAUGAAGAUGAUGAAGAUGAGAAAUUUUGGGUCAAAAAAAGCCCAAAUUGGGCCUUUGGUCCUCCACGAUGACGAUGAAGAUGAAGAUGGCCUCCAUGGAGAUGAUGAAGACGCCGAUGAAGAUGACGACCAAUUUUGGGUCAAAAAAAGCCCAAACCGGGCCCUUGUCCCACCCCACCCCCACCCGGAGCCUUCCUCCCUCCCCUCCUCCCCCUCGCCCCUCCCCCAAAUAAAGCCCCGCCCCCUCCGCUUUGGCCGCUUUGGGCUC